AUGGACAUCUACGACCACUUCCCCGAUCGCUCCAUGACCGCUAUCGAGAGUCGGAUGUCCUUUUUUCGGUCGAAGGAGAAGGGUAAUACGACAACACUGCCUAAUACACAUAAGCCUUCGAAGAUGAAACGGUGGACGCCAGAGCAAGACCAAUGGCUGAGGGAGCAAGUUGAAGAGUUGGGCCAAGGGGAUGAUAUUCCGUGGUUGGAGAUUGGUACCCAGGAAGUCGAUGGCAUGCGUCUGGGCCGAACCCCGACCUCAUGUAAGCGACGUUGGGACAUUAUCAAUCCCUUCAAUGAUCGGAAGUCAGGGCGCUGGGAUCCUGAAGAGCUCAAAAAGCUGGCGGACGCCGUGGCGGAGCAGCUGGAGCAACUGGAGGAUGUGAAAUCCCAGGAGGCAAAGGGCCGAUUGAUCGAUUGGUCGAUAGUCGCCAGGAAGGUUGGAACGAGAUCGGAUGUACAGUGCCGGAGUCAUAUGCACAAGUCGAUGCAGGCUGAAAUAAAAGGUCGCUGGAAGGAGGAUGAGGUUGAGCGGAUGAAGGUAGCAUUGCAGGAGCAUGGUCAAGACUGGAAGAAGAUCGCCAAGGUGGUCAAGACGCGGACACCCUUCCAGGUCAAGCAGAAAUAUUACAUGUCCAAUGCUAGGCUACCUCGCCUGCUGAAUGCCGAACUGAGGCCGGGUAGCGAGGAACCCAAGCCAGCCAAGAGCACGACUACCAACCAGGAUACCACAGGCGCAUAA